AUGAUUUUCCCUGUCAAUGUGAGAGCCGAUCUUAAGGCUUGCUCCGUCCCUGAAGGAGAGAAAUUUGCUUGCUUUCUGUCGUCCUCUGAGCACAUCGUUAACACGUGUCACUGGUAUUUCUUGACGAUGCAGAAAAUGAGAAUGGGGGAGGAGGAAGAAGUGUUCGGUAUGAGCCGCAAUCGCAAACGAUUGAUGGAAACCGAGAAGUCGAGAGACUCAUCGGAGGGGAACCUCCGGACUGGCAAGAUCACAAGUAAGAAGCUCGUUCCUAAUUCGAAGAAGAUCUUCUGUCGAGCAGCUGUGAUAUCGUGCCAGGUGAAUGGAAGGGACGAAUUCACGAGAUGUUUACCAUCUACCACCUGCUCAUCACCUCGUCCAUGCCCUGCUUUUCUCUCCGCCUCAACCUCAACUACCAUCAGCACAGUCCCCCUCAGCCCUAACUCACCCUCGACUCCAUUCCUCCAGCUACAGUCGACCACUUCUUCCACAUAUGACACUGUGCACCCAGUGACUCUCCCCACUGGGCCACGAAUGAGUCGCCACCUGAAUCCACCAGAAGCACUGGAAUCGAAGGGGCAGGGGAAGGUCACGUGCCAAAAGAAUUGAGAAAGAUACUUUCGUUCUCCUUGUUGACGGAGAAGCUUCCAGCUCUCGCUAGUAAGACCUUCUGAAUCACGGAAAACUUGAUUCUCACAUGGAUGGCACCCGAUGGUCAAGAAAAGGACUUCCAUCUCUCCAUACUCCUCGGCAUCUCUAAAAUAUGUGUGGUUCCUUCUGCUUGCUUGCCGCUGAAGUUCCUUCCUGAUUUUCAUCGUCCAAGUGAACGAAAAAGUGAUAAAAGUGGAGGCAGGACGCGAUGACGCUCAGUGAUGGCAAUGAAAAAUUGGAUUCACUGACGAAGGCAGAACGCAGGAAUUGGACAUCGUCCUCUCGUAUCAGGAUUUAAGGAUGA